UCAAAUCGAUCUUUCCUUCCAUAUAUAUUAUCUCCAUUAAUUCCUGUUCUAUAUUAAUUCCUGUUCUCCAUUAAUUCCUUCCAUAUAUAUUAUCUCCAUUCACGUUCUUAGAGUUUCAUUUCCAUGGAUCAAAGCAAGGUAGCCGGAGCUGAUCAUCAGGCCAAACGUACUUACGAGGACUUUGAACCCUUCUGCAAAUGGCAUAACCGCGACAAUGUUGUUGAGGUCCAUAUUCAAGGUUUCAGAAAGGAACACCUAAGUGUCCGUACCACUCAGACGGGGAUGCUUACAAUCCAUGGAGAACGUCCAUUGGACCAAACUAAAUCUACAUGGAGCCGUUUCCACAAAGAAAUUAAGCUUCCAAACAACUGCGACACAAAUAAAGUUGCGGCAAAGUUUGCUGCAGGAGUUCUUACAAUAACAAUGCCUCCCAAAAUUGCACCACCUCAACCUCAAUCUCCAGAACAUCAGAAACAACAGCUUAGCAAUCAUGAAAAGUUACCAGAACCAAGCAACAAUGAUACUCAAACAAAUAAUGAUAAAGCGAUAGCUAAACUCAUUAAACAAAAUCCGGACAAGCAGCCAACCACCGAUGAAAAUGCUGCAUUGCUUGAUGAAGAGGUUAAGCCAGGAAGCUGCUGCGAAUUGGGGCAAAAGAGUACUUUAGCUUCCAAGAAUUGGAAGGUGAAACUCGUGUUGGUGGUUGCCGUGGUGGUCGCUUUUGGUUUCGGGGCAUAUAUCAGAUACAAACACGGCCAUUACUCAUACAGCUGGGAGCAGACAGACUAGAUCUUAUUCAUCCUAUUGUGUCACAAUAUCCAAGCUUGUAUUAAACAUUUCCUUUUAAUUUGUAACCCGUUAAUAAUGUAAGAUUAGUAUUUCAAAAAAA